GACCUGCGGGAUUUCGGAUCAGACACAAGCAGUGCAUCGUGGCAUGCAGCGCACAGCAGCAAGGUAAUAGCUUUUCCAUUUGUUGCAGCUCCACGGACAACUGAUUUCGCGGUCCGCUUGAUGAAUGCAUCUGAGUUAUUAGCACAAAUCAGUAAGGACGGUGAACUGAGUGCUGGCGCUUCUACGAACUGCAUGCUCACUAUAUUCUAUUCGCCGAAUUGCGCAUUUAGCGCACGAAUGGCGCCGUACAUUACAAUGUUGACGCGAAUGUACCCGCGGCUGCGAAUCGUACUGAGUGACGCAACCUUCCACAGCAAACUGAAUAGUCGAUACGGCAUUGUCGGCACACCAACUGUGCUUCUUUGGGUCGAUGGUACCGCUGUUUCUCGAAUGGAUGAAGCGCCUUUCUCUUAUAAAGCAUUCCAGAACUAUGUGGAAAAGUGGACAGAUCUUGAAACCGAAUAUAUGCCAAACGAAACAGUUGAAACUAGCAUGCCUGAUAUUAUAAGUACAUUUUUAGAGGUUUUUUAUUUUUAUAAAGUACCAUCAGCGCGAAACUGUGCCUCGAUUUUUCCAGUUGAGGGAUUUGUUGGUUUAGUGUACCAUAAAUGGUUCCUGUUCUGA